UAUGAUUUCACACGAAAACAACACAUUACUUUACUCACAAUGUUAGCAGUAGUACUAAUUUUAUCAGCGGUCUUUGGUUGUUUGGGCCAUUCGCUUUCAAAGCGGGAGACAUUGAUUAACAGCCAAAUUGAUGAACUCAUAGAGGACUUCAGUGCGCUCGUCGAGUCAGGCGGGGUCCAAAAAAUUCCCAUUGACGACUUUUCCACAACAUUCGAGAAGAAAGUUAGAUUCGUCAAGCUCAAAGGUAUUUUUGAGGCGAACAAUGGAUAUGUGCAGGAUUUGUCGACGAUCCAGAGGACAGGGGAUGCUACAGUGUCAGCGACCCCUACUACAGUCACUGUGAUUCUUCACCUAGGUCUGCGAAACCUCCAGGUACACUACGAGAACUACAAGGCCACCUUUAACAAGAUCAGCGUGUCUGGAGACAUGAACUUGGAUGUGGCAAAGAACUCAGUCUUCGUCCAGAUGACCUUCACCUUCGAGGACGAAGAAUCUUGCAGUACUGUUCUAGACAAUGCUUACAUAGAAGAAUUGGAUGGGAUAACAGUGACAGUGUCCAACCUGGGUCCACUUACGUGGACGUACGAGAAGAUAGCGGAAUGGGUCAUCAGGAAGUUCAAGGAUGAAAUGACGGGGAAAAUUGAAACUAGUGUGAAGGACAGUUUUAUGAAACGUCGGAAAAACUCGUUGUGUGAGUUAGUAAGGUACCUUUAGGUUUCUUAAGUAAAGUAGUAGUUUUGUGGUAUUAUUUUGUUUAUAAUCCGCCUUUUAACAAUACGAUUCUGGUAUCAAUUUGCGGUAAUUUCUUACUACAAAUAUCGUUUGAGCCUUUAUAACCAUGAAAAUAAAAACCAGAAUGAGCUAAUCUGGUUUUAAAAUAAAUCAUUUCAUCCCUUCAUUGGAUUAUUUUUUUAUAAUCCUUUUGAUGUUAUUGUUAAGAAGUCUCUGUAUAUAAUCAUCGUAUUUACAAAUAGAUAGACAGUAGGCCUACAUGUAGAUUAUUGUACGGUAGUUCAACAAGUUGAAAUGGUUUUGUUUAUAUGGAAAAGCCCAUGGAACUAAUAUAAUUAAAAGUUAUGGCUAAACAUCAGACCACAAAAACAAUUUGAAGUGACAAGACUGGUAAUUAAUUUUAAUUAAUUAUUGUACAACAGGAAUAAU